AUGCCACAAGAAAUCAAGGACAUCAAGAACUUCCUCGAAAUCGCUCGUCGUAAGGAUGCUCGCUCAGCCCGCAUCAAGAAGACCAACACCGUUGGUAGCAAGGGCGAGGCAGCUCAACUUACCAAGUUCAAGAUCCGUUGCUCACGCUACCUCUACACUCUUGUCGUCUCUGACGGCGAGAAGGCGGAGAAGCUCAAGCAAUCUCUUCCACCAACCCUCAACGUCGAGGAAAUUGGUAAGGUUUCAAAGAAGUAA